AUGGCGGAUCAAUCCAAAUCACCCAUAUUUAUCAACAGCGUACUGAAGCCAGGCAAGACACGCCCCAUCCUCGUCGCGCAAACGAUCGACGCUGGAGAGCAACGGCAGAUUCGGCGUCAUAAGAAAAGCCGCCGGGGCUGUGUCGGAUGUAAGCUCCGAAAAGUCAAGUGCGAUGAGCGUCAACCUUGCAGCAGCUGCCUCAAGCGCGGCAUUCAGUGCGUCUCGCCGGUCAGCAGAGAAAACGCUUCGAGGCAGCCGAGACUUGCAACUGGCUUGGGAUUGAGUACAACUUCGCAAAUGAGCCUAUUGCAGCUCGAGCUGUUUCACCACUGGGAAAAGCACACUCGAUCGACAUUGGUCUAUCCCGAGAUCUGGCCUGUGAUCAUGCAGCAUGCAUUUCACGAAAACUUCGUCAUGACUUCCAUGCUGUGUACUUCUGCAAUGCACCUAUCCACGCUCCGUCCGCAAAGCACAAAGUACUCGGAUCUUGCCAGCUGGUUGAUGCCCAGGUCGAUUUCGCUGUUUCGGCAAAGUCUAUCCAAGACCCUCACCAAGGACAACGCCGAAGCUAUAGUCGGCGCGGCUCUUUUGAUAAACUACAUCUCGUGGUUCGACCUCUCUUUUCUUCAGGACGAUGCGAGCACCGUUGAUGCUCUGGUCCAAGAUCCAUUAUUACUUGCCAGCUCCGGCAUCACACAUGCUUGGUUUCAAACAAUACCCUCCCUCAUUGAAGGGGGGAGUGCCUUCCUCAAAGUCAUGACCUACCAUCCCCGACUCACGAUCGAAAAUGCUCUCGCUCAACAAAGCGACAGCAAAGACCUGUUUCUGCAGCCAUUAAUGGAUAUUUGGGAUGACCCACGCUGUCAAACAUCUAGCAGCUUGACUGCAAACACAACUGUCCAUGAACCCGCGAGCAAUCGAGCUUGGCACCUUCUCCAAGGCCUUGAGAGUAAACUCGUACCUGCCGAUCCCCGACAAGGACAAAAGCUCGUGCAGUGCGAUGAGUCUGAGAAAUUGCGGCAGUAUAAAGAGGAGGUCACCAGAAUAACCAGCAACUCCGCCCCACUCGACAAUUCACUUGCCAUUUCCGCGCAAAGCACGCGGUCCUCGGAAGCUCGGUCUUCCUUUGCAUACGUUGUUCGUCGCAUAUCACCCCUGAUACACUGCCAGACUCUGUCAUCCAUUUCGAAUCCAAGAAUGCCGGCCGAGCUCGCGGCUAUUCACAACGACAUUGAGCAGCUUAUUUACGGAUUUCCGAUUCUCUGCUGCGGUCCUUUUACUGACCUUGUGCAAAGGAGAGAUACGCGUGCCUUGGUCCUGCUCUUGCAUUUUUAUCGCGCAGCGCGAGUCUUGCUGGAUCCUGGGAGGUGUUGGUGGGCAGGGGCGAGAAUCGGCGCCAUGGAGGACCUCAUCCUCAACGAACUCGAGCUUCGGGGAUUGAGCAUGUAUCUGGGCAGUUCUAGUCACGAGAUUCGCGAAGAAUUUAGCUACUGGAUUUUUUUCUACCAAAAAGGGAAGCUCUCAUUGGACAACUACCGACCAGCUGAGCAUAUCGGGGUGCUAACGUUGUCCGUCGCCCAGACUAUAUGA